AUGGCCCGAUCCACUUUGACUCCUGAGCCCGCCGCCGACGCCGACAUUGAUGAGUUCGAGGAAGAAGAAGAAGUUGACGACAUUACCGAUGAUGGUGAAGUUGAUGCACAGGGAAAGAAGAAGAAGAAGAAGAAGAAGAAGGGCAAGAAGGGCAAGAAGGGUAAGAAGAAGGGCAAGAAGCCUGAAGCCGAGAAGCCCGACGCUGCUACCCAACCACCUCCGGCCGCUGGAGCAGCACCUGCUCCGGGAGGCGCCGCCGCUACGCCUGCAUCAGGUACCACUCCAGCUGAUGCCCAGUCUCCGGGGGCACCCGCCGCUGCCGCACCUCCCUCAACACCUGCUACUCCUCGCUUCGUUGCCAGAGCAUUCAAGGCUUGA